AUGGGUCAACAGCAGACCAAAGAGGCUGGCGCCGCUGGCGCGUCCGCAAACCACUCGGGCCAUGCCCGAUCCUCCUCUCGCGGCAUGUCCGCCUCGGCAUCCGGCAACUUGGUCGCCUCGCUAUCCGCAUCCAGCCUCAGCCCGCCGCCGCCCCCGCCGCUACCCGCCCAUUUGGCCGACACGGUCAAGGUCGACGAGGGCGGCCUCGUCCCCCACGGCGUCUACACCGGCCCUCAGGACUACGACCAGCACUUUGUCCGCCAGCACAUCGUCGACCGUCGCCUCGCGCCGUUCUGCAAGGGAAGCGAUGACGACGACGAAUACGCCGACGCCAAGUUCAACAGCGAGUGUCCGAUCUGCUUCCUCUACUAUCCGGCUCCGCUCAACUUCUCGCGCUGCUGCCACCAGCCCAUCUGCACCGAGUGCUUUGUUCAGAUGAAGCGAGCCGACCCGACCUCGACCAAUCCCCCUUCGUCCGAGCCCAGGUCGUGCCCCUUCUGCGUCGAGCCCAACUUUGGCGUGACGUAUACGCCCCCGGAGGCGCUGCAGCGCGAACGACGACGCAGCGGUAGCGGCAGCGGCAGUGGCAGCGACAGCCCCAACGACGCCACAGACGCCACCAAUUUCGCCGAGAUGGCCAUCGGCAACGGCGGUGUAGGCAGCCUCGGCGCAGGCAAGAAGAAGAUCCUCGCCGCCGACGAUCCGAGCGUCAUCACCGUCGACCAGGUGCGACCCGACUGGCACUACAAGCUCGCGCAGGCCGAAGCAGCGGUGGCGCGACGAGCGAAUCGGCGCGUGAUCAUGCGCCAGGUGGGCGACCGCCUCAUCCCGAUCGGCAUCUCGUCCUCGCGCAUGGGCGCCGACCUGGCCGCAGCAGCAGAGAGCGGCAGGAUCAAUCUCAACGGACCGGGCGGCAGCAUCAUUCUCAACGACGGACAGAACUGGCCGGGCACCGGAUCAGUCACGACUUCGCGCAGGCGUAGCAGCCGCCCGAGCCGCGGUGCCGGCGAGGGGCUUCCGGAAUUGGCGCGUCUCAUGCGCAUGGGGGCGGGCGAAGAUAUGGAGGAGGCCAUGGUCAUGGAGGCGAUGCGCCUCAGCCUGCUCGAGCACGAAGAGCAGCAGCGCAAGCAGGCCGAGGAAGAGAAGAAGAAGAAGACGGCGGCAGCGGGAGCGGCUUCGGGCGACUCCCAGGCUGAGCAGGGCGCGAGCUCGAGCAGCGGAUCGGCAGGCGGAAGCACCGCACAGCGCUCGCAGACAGACGCGGCAGACAGGACGGCGGGCGGACGAGCUACGUCGGUGAUGGACGAGUCCGAGGCCGCUGGUAGCAGUGCGGCUGGUUCGCGGGCCGCUGCGUCGUCCGGCGCGCCCCGACUGCCAAUGAGCACGGUGGACCCCGCAUCGUUGGGUCUGUCGGAGACGACGAUCAACGAGCUGCGCGAGCUCAUCGACGGCGGCCCCUCGCCUCCCGCAUCGAGCGGAUCGCCGGGCGAAGCUUCGACGCCGGCUGGAGGCGCGCGGCCGCGCACGUCGAUGCCCGCACCGGCUCCUGUGCCCGUGCCGCAGCCCGUGGCGGAUGCGCAGCAUGACCCGAACAUCAGCUCGCAGCAUGGCUAUCCGUCGCCGCCGCCCGAGGCCGGUGGCGCUGGCAAGCACGUGCCCACCGCGUACUCUACGACCACCGCGGCGUUCGAUGCCGACUCGAGCGCGCCUGGCAGCCCGUCGUCGUCCGGGUUCGGCGUGCCGCGCAGCCGCAUUGUCAACCCCAACAAUCCGUUCCGUCGCAGCAUGGGCGAACACCACUGA